AUGAUUGCUUGUGAUAAAGAACUAAAGAAGAAUUAACGACUGUUUUGACCUCAAUGUAUGGAAAAUUUAGAAUCAAAAACCCUAUUAAUGAGCAUAAAGUAGGCAUUGAAAAUUGUUGAAGAAAAUCAACAUUAAAAGAAAGAAUUUAUUUGAAUGUUUUAAUUUUUAACAUCAAAUAACUUGAAGAACUCUAAAAAGCUCUUCAUCAAUUAAAAUCAAAUGUUAUUCAAUAAUUGGAAUAUUUCAUUGAAAAUGCAAAUGAAUGGAUAAAAAAAAAUUAGAUAUGGGGACAAGCAAAACUUACUUAUAGUUUUUUUGAUGAAUUAGAAAAACUAAUUAAUCAAUCUAAACUUGAUUAAUCCUUUUAAAAAUCCUUGUUUGAUUAAAUUAGUUAAAUUAAUUAAUCGUAGAAUCAAAAGAUAUUUAAAAAAUUGAAUCUAUUUAAAUCAUUUUAAGAAACUUAGAAAUGUGAAGAACUAUUAAUAAGUUUACAAAAUUUCAAAUUAAUAAAAGAAAACGAAAUAUUGAUAGAUAAAAAUAUAAUAUUGGUAAGACAUAAACAUCAUAUCUAUCUGAUUCGCGAAUCAAAUCAUGGCACAUUUAAUAUUAUGGCAUCAUUAAAUUGUUAAAAUGAUAAGAUUUUGGGAACUAUGCCCAAUAAUGGAUGGUUUUUAGUAUUUUUGGAUAGCAAAUAUAAAAAGUAUUAAUCAUAUGAGAUAUUAAAUAAAUGA